AUGAGCGCACCAUGUCUGCUGUUCGUACGGCCAAGCGCUCUAUCGCGUAGCCCACGCCCAUCCUUGUCCGCGUCCCUGUCCCUACCCCUAUUCCGAGCCUUCACCAGCGGCUCCCCACGCCGUCGAACUCAAUACCCACCGCCAGCCGUCCUCCCACCACCUCCAAAGCAGCAUCCGUUCGGACGCAAGAAGCACAUCCUUACGCUGGCGAUCGAGAGCUCCUGCGACGAUACCUGCGUGGCGGUGCUGCUGAAGGAGACCGCGACGGGCGCCGCGCGCCUCUGCUUCAACAAGAAGGUCACGUCCGAUAACCGCGCGUUCCGCGGCGUGCACCCGCUCACGGCUGUGAAGUCGCAUACGGCGCACCUGGGGCCGCUAAUACAAGAGGCUUUGCGGGCGCUUCCGGCGGUACAAGGGACGGGUGUCGGUGUGUCGUCUACAGCGGCGGAUAGCCCGAGGCCGGAGCUCGAGGGUGAGGCGCUCAGGAAUGGGGCAGGCGAGUCGGGAGGAGGAGACUUGGUGGGAGAAGGAAGUAGUCAUAGGGCCAAUGGCAAUAAUUUGCUCUGGGUAGACGGCCAGGCGCGCAUGAAGCCCGACUUCGUGUCCGUGACCCGCGGGCCGGGCAUGCUGUCGAACCUCUCGACGGGGCUGAACACGGCAAAGGGGCUGGCCAUCGCCUGGGACGUACCGCUGCUGGGCGUGAACCACAUGCAAGCGCAUGCGCUGACGCCGCGGCUCGUGGAUGCGCUGGAGAAGGGCAAGGCUUUAAACCCCGACACUACGGCUAUGGCAUCUUCUACUCCUAUUGUCACGGAAGAGGAGCCAAGCCCUACAUUCCCCUUCCUCUCCCUCCUCGUGUCGGGCGGCCACACCCUCCUCGUGCACUCGCGCGGCCUAAACGACCACGCUAUCCUGGUACAGCCGCUCAACAUCGCCAUUGGCGACAUGAUCGACAAGUGCGCACGGCUGAUCCUGCCAGCCGACUACAUUAAAACACAAACCGCCGAGACGCACUCGGUCAUGUACGGGCCUCUGCUGGAGAAAUUCGCGUUUCCUGAUGUGUUCGACAGCGGGCCGGGCAGCGCGGAGGAGGAUAAGAGCGACUACGCCUACCAACCGCCCGCCAAGCGCGCCGACGAGAUCCUCCCCUUCGACGCUGCGCCCCACGGCUACGACUGGACGCUGACGCCGCCGCUGUCGGGCCACGGCAGCGGGCGGGAGGCGGCGCGCAUGUUCGACUUUGCGGGCUUGAAUAGCCAGGUGCAGAAUAUCGUGCUCCGCCGGACCACCGACUCCGGUACAGAAUCAGCAAUGCCCCUCCCCGAGCGCCGCCUCCUCGCCCGCGAGACCAUGCGCCUAAUCUUCGAACACCUAGCCUCCCGGCUUCUCUUCGCGUUACACAAUCCCUCUGUUAACACCGACACCACCAUGACCACCGUAGUAGUCGCAGGCGGCGUAGCCAGCAACAAAUUCCUCCGCCACAUCCUACGCGCAACCCUCGACGCACGCGGGUUCGGCCACGUGCAGGUCGUGUGUCCGCCCGUGGCGCUGUGCACCGACAACGCGGCCAUGAUCGCGUGGACGGGCCUGGAGAUGUACGAGGCCGGGUGGCGGACGGGCAUGGACGUGCUUGCGAUCCGGAAGUGGCCGCUCGACUCGGACGCGGACGGUGGGGGGAUCUUGGGCGCGCCGGGGUGGAGGCGGGUGGGCUUGUUUGGGGAUGAGGAUGUUUGGGAGGAUGAUGUUUGA